AUGGAAGUCUGGAACUCCACCAUGGGAAGUGAUUUCAUCUUGGUGGGAAUUCUGGAUGAGAGUGGCUCCCCUGAAAUGCUCUGUGCCACAUUCACAGCUCUUUAUAUGUUGGCUCUGACCAGCAAUGGACUGCUUCUCCUGGUCAUCACCGUGGAUACCCGGCUCCAUGUUCCCAUGUAUCUUCUGCUCUGGCAGCUGUCUCUCAUGGAUCUCCUUCUCACAUCAGUUAUCACUCCCAAGGCUGUUUUAGAUUUUUUGCUUAAAGACAAUACCAUCUCUUUUGGGGGUUGUGCCCUUCAGAUGUUCCUAGAACUUACACUGGGUGGUGCAGAGGACCUCCUUCUGGCAUUUAUGGCCUAUGACAGGUAUGUAGCCAUUUGUCAUCCUCUAAACUACAUGAUCUUCAUGAGGCCAAGCAUCUGCUGGCUUGGAGUAGCGACAUCAUGGAUUCUGGGAUUCCUGAGUGCUCUAGGAUAUACCAUCCACACCAUGCAGUAUCCCUUCUGCAAAUCCCGGAAGAUCAGACACCUAUUUUGUGAGAUCCCUCCACUGCUGAAACUGGCCUGUGCAGACACCUCCACAUAUGAGCUCAUGGUUUAUGUGAUGGGUGUGGCCUUCCUAUUACCCCCUCUUGCUGCCAUCCUGGCUUCCUACACAUUAAUUCUUUUCACAGUGCUCAGCAAGCCCUCAAAUGAAGGAAGGAAGAAAGCCCUUGUCACCUGCUCUUCCCACUUGACUGUGGUUGGGCUGUACUAUGGGGCUCUCACAGUCAUGUAUAUCCUACCCAGUUCCUGUCUAAGUCCCAAACAAGAAAACAUCCUCUCUGUUUUCUACACUGUUGUCACCCCAACUUUGAACCCUUUAAUCUACAGCCUGAGAAAUAAGGAGGUCACUGGGGCCUUGAGGAGAGUCCUGGGGAAGUGGUUGCUGUCCACACAGUCUACUUUUUAG